AUGGAACGUCUACUUUUUGCUUUCGUCUUCAUUGGAGCUACUCUGGCUUGCCAACCAGUGCCAGAACCUUAUAAGAACGGAUUUGGACACGAUACAGCGCACGUGAUAAUAGUCACCGACCAGGAAUACGAUCAAUCAAAAGUGGAUCAGUAUAUGAGCUACUUCCCUCAAACAAAAGUCAGUGAGAAGAUUAAACAAUAUGCUUCUCAGCUUGGAGUUUUUUCAAACCUAGGAUAUACUGAUGUCGAUGGCUAUUUCGCCUUUACUUUCACAAUUAGCCAAUGCGUUUGCGAAUAUGUGAAAGAGUGGGUGAAUCAAAUCGUACAGAGCUCCCAGUACUACAUAAGUGGAAACGCUUUGUGCAACUCGCAGAAUGAUAUGUUCCCAAGAAUGGUGCUACCUCCUUCAACAACAACAACAACAACAACAACAACAACAGCAAGCCCAUCUAAAGUGAUUCCACCUGUUCCAGGCUACCCACCUGCUCCAGGCUAUCUACCGGUUUCAGCCUAUCCACCUGUUGCAGUCUAUCCAGCUCCAGUGGUAGUGGUACCACAAUAUCCUGGUAUAUGGUGA